ACAUGUUUGUAUUCCUCAAAUAACUCAGGCACAUCAAAACACACCCAAAAAGCCUUUAGUAAUAAAGACAAACUGGCUGCCUCCAUCAUGUCCACCGAACCAUCGCCUAACAAUCGCAGACUGGUGCUUUUUCCAUUGCCAUUUCAAGGCCACAUAAAUCCCAUGCUACAGUUAGCAAACAUUCUUCACACUAAGGGCUUCAAGAUUACUAUUAUACACACCGAUUUCAACAUUCCAAACCAAACAAACUACCGACAAUUCACCUUCAAAUCUAUAUCAGAUGGCUUGUCCAAAACCAUGGCCGAUAAUGUGAAUCUGGACACUGUUAGUUCUGUCAUCAACUUCAUGAACAAAAGCUACAUUCCAUCGUUCAGAAAUUGCCUGGCUACAUUGCUAGAACAGGAGCCUGUGGCAUGCUUGAUCUCAGAUGCACUAUGGCACUUCACUCAGUCUGUUGCAGACAGUUUGAAGCUUCCAAGGAUCAUCUUACGGACCAGCAACAUGUCAUGCAUGCUUGUUUACGCAGCCUUUCCCGUUCUUGAUGAAAAGAGUUACUUCAAAACGACUAUUCAAGAAGAGCCGAUAAAAGAUCUAGCACCUAUGACAACCAGAGACAUAGUAAAGAUUAUGAAUGGAGAUUUUGAGGAGGGCAAGCUGGAGUUGAUAUCCAGCAUGAUCAAAGAAACAAAGGCAGCUUUAGGGAUCAUUUGGAACACCUUUAAAGAGCUCGAAGAACCCGAGUUUUUAGCCAUAUCUGAAAGCUUCCAAGUUCCAAGUUUUCCAAUAGGUCCAUUUCAUAAAUAUUUUACAGCCUCCUCUAGCAGCUUAUUAGAACAAGAUCGAAGCUAUAUGUUAUGGCUAGAUCGCCAACCAAUAAGCUCUGUAUUGUACGUGAGUUUUGGGAGUGUAGUUCACAUGGGUAAAUCAGAGUUUACUAAUAUGGCUUGGGGGUUGGCAAACAGCAAGCAACGGUUCCUUUGGGUCGUUCGCCCUGCUUCAGUUUCUGACUCUGAAUGGCUCGAGUCAUUGCCAACAGGAUUCAUGGAGGAAGUAGGUGAAAGAGGAUGCAUUAUCAAGUGGGCUCCACAACAAGAAGUACUAGCUCAUCAGGCGAUAGGAGGCUUCUGGACUCAUAAUGGCUGGAACUCAACUUUGGAGAGUAUAUGUGAAGGUGUUCCCAUGAUUUGCUCACCUUGUGCAUAUGAUCAACCGAUAAACGCAAGAUAUGUAACCGAUGUUUGGAGGAUAGGUGUGAUGUUGGAUAACAUGUCGGAAAGAGAAGAAAUUGAAAGAGCAAUCAAAAGAGUAAUCAUCGACAAAGAAGGUAUUGAGAUGAGACAGAGAUCUAAGUCUCUUCAAAAGAAGGUGAACCUUUCUCUGGAAAAAGGUGGUUCCGCAAACCAAUCCCUGGAUAGCUUAGUUGACUAUCUAUUCUCCUUAUGAAGUCUUAAGAUUGCUACUUAACAAGUUUAGUCUCCGUAUUAGCAAGACUUGCUUCAAAUCUGUAACAGAACUAGAAUAAGGAUUGAACUUGAAACAAGGUUGUAGCAUUUAAAAUUUUACUUGCCUUCAAUAUCCUUAUCGGAAGAGACAAAUUACAAUUAAACGAUUCAUCUAUAGAUCAACCAUCAUUAUGUAAAA